CCAUCUGUCAUUUUGGCAAGAAAAGUGGACAGCUUAUUUUUCUGCUUUGGGUGGCGAACGACGACGGAAAGCCGCUGUGCAUUAAACGGAGAAAUUCAGGAUUAUUAUUCAGCAUUGACUGCAGCAAUUGGCAUCGGAAUAAACUAACGCAAACACCGGAAUCAUCAGUUGCCCCCUGGUGAAGCAUUAGCGCUUGGGACGGGCCAAAGAUGCUCGAGCAACUUCAGAAUCAGGGCUGGUACCUACUGCCGGCCGGGCUGGAGCGAUUGUUGGAAGGUGCAACCGGAACGAAUGUCGACCUGAAGCAAGCCACCAAGCUAGCUCUAGAUACCGAUUUGAGGGAAAUAGGUGGAGGAGCUUUUGCAUCCCUAUCUACCCGUGGCACCAAAACGGAGACAAUCGACGGCAACAUUGUAGUGCAGAUACUGAAGAUUCGUAACAUUUCCGCUCCAAAAGCCAACGAGGAAUCGAAAGUUGCGCCACGCUUGUUGAAGCUAACCCUCACCGAUGGCCAAACUCAGUACUCGGCAAUUGAAGGCGAGCCCAUUUCUUCCAUCAGCUUGGAUACCCCACCGGGAACGAAAAUAUAUUUGAAGAAUGGACCGAUCAAAAUAUCUCAGGGUUUAUUGAUUUUGAACGGCAACUGUGUUUCUGUGUUGGGAGGAAAAGUGUCGGCAUUGGUUGAGAAAUGGGAACUAGGACGAACCAUGGCGAAAUACGCCAAAGGAGGACGACUUCAGUUCAGUGCUUCUGGACCACCGCCAUGGAUAGCGUUUGGACAGAAAAUCCAACAAAACUUACCGCAUGAUAAAAAUUUCAAGAGUUUACAAACUAAGGAAAAAGAUGAAUCCAAGGAGAACGCCGAAUUCAACGCUUUGAGAAAUGACGCCAUUGCCGAAGCUACCAAAUUGGGCACCAAGAAGACAUUCGGCGGAGGAGCGAAGCAGAUGGUUGACGCAAACGUUCAAAAGAUAAUGGACAAAGGUUUCACUGAGGAUCAAGCUGUGCAUGCUCUGAAACUGACUCGGAACAACGUGCAUCGCGCGUUGAGUAAUCUUCAGCGGAUAGAAGAGAGAAAGCAGACUCAGAGUGAGAACAGAACUGGAAAAUUCGAUCCGACUCAAAAGCCUGGCAAGCGUGGACCUGGUGGAAAACGCGAUGUAGAGCUGGAGCUUACUUCCAAACCGUCGGCUAAAGUGUCUCUCUUCGAUUUCUUGGAAGACAUUCUCCCGGAAAGUGAAACCACCACCAAGAAGAGUGUCAGUAAGGAAUCGACUCCAUUUCCGGGAAAAGAAAACAGUUCAGUGACAGAUAAUAACUAUUCGAAUAAACAAUCAUCCUACAAUUCUUAUUCAAAUUCCAAUGCAAAUUCUCGAAAUCUAAAUUCGGCAUCUGGUAACACUUAUUCAAAUCAACAACAAUCGAACUCAUCCACGCAAUACAACUCGAACAAAAAUUACAACCAACGAUUUGAGAACAACAUUUCCAGCAGUUUUGCAAAUCGAAGCAACAGAAACUACAAUCAACAAGCAUCACAGCAAACGUCGUAUCAGCAAAAUACGAAUCAAUCUGCUGGUUAUAAGUCGUCACAAGACUAUAACAAUAGCCGAUACCGAGGGCCACAAAAUUCCACCAACGGACCUCAUCCAAGCGAAGCAGCUCCGCGUGGCCGACAGGACUCAACCAAGUUCAACCAGUCUCAUUCCUCGUACAAUCCUAACCAACAGUCGCAGUAUCGGAAUGACAGCUACAACAACAAUAAUCCCAGUUCUGGUGGACGUGGUGCCAAGUACGACUCGAGCACAAAUGCCAGCGGGAAAGGACAACAACAAUCUAACGCCAACUACAACAACUAUGCAUCCUCCCAAGGAUACGCCGGACAAGGCGAGUCCAGGAAGUACCCUAAUGGACCAUCCAAUCAAUACCAACAACAACAACAGCAAGCAUCUUAUUAUUCUGGCAACAAACCGAUUCAAGGAUACAAUGCUAGCAGUGUGGCUGCUGUCAACUCUCAAGCGAGCAAUAACUAUGGGCAACCCAAUUCGAAUGCGCAUGCCCCUGGUAACAGUACCAUGAACAAUACGGGCAACGUAAAGCAACAAAAAGGAUCUCGAUACGGCAAAGAGGAGCCUCAGAAGUAUACAGGUGCCCAGACGAAUACAACAACGAGUCAGGGAAGGAAACCACCGCCACAGCAACCGAAAGGUCAAACAACGCAUGGAACAGGAGCUGGCCCAACCCAACCACCAUUCGUGACCGGUAAUAAGCAGCCCAGUACAACGCCGACAGGAAACAAUAACAGCAAAGUGGCUCAACUAACGGAAGCAACGGCUAAUAUGCAGCUGAGCAGCAAACCCUUCGCCAACAAUAAUCCCCAAAUGAUGGGUGCACCAAAGCCGCAUCAAGGGCCCAUGGGAAGCCUGCCGGGUGCAGCUCCUCCACAACCUACGGCGUCUACUACAGCUCCAGUGGUACCAAAGAACUUUAUUCAACUGCCGAAUGGAUUCAACUACAAUCCUUACCAGAUUAUGGGUUUCCAAAACAAGCAAACCAACGAGUUCGCACUGAAUGUGCUGAAAAGUCAACAAUUCGACCCAACACAUAUGGCAGCUCAACCAACGGCUGGACCACCGGUGGCUGCCGUAGCUGGGCCCAUACCUGGGGUCGCGAUGGCUCCUUCUGCAGCCGUAGUGCCGCAAGUUUUGACAGCGACGUCUCCUAAUUUGCAACCAACAGCGACGUCUGUCCUACCGAACUGGAAAGUUGGUGAUCGCUGCCUCGCAAAGUAUUGGGAAGAUGGUGGGUUUUACAAUGCCGAAAUUACUGCGAUCUCCGAGAGCACCUUUGUAGUGUGUUUCCUCGAGUACGGAAAUUACGAAGAAGUUCUUAAAACGGACUGCAUCCCAUUGGCUCAGCCCACGACGGCGACAGCGACCCAUCUUCCGACGCACGGUCAUCCACCCCCAACGGCCAUGGGUUUCCAUCCCUCGGCAAGCCCUCAUCUGCCACCCGGUGCUCCAAUGCUGCCUCAUCCACCGCCUCCAACCGGGGCCUACCCCAGCCAGGGACUCGAUAACCAAUCUGCCGGGCAGCAUUACGCUCACGGUUACAAACCUCAGCCCAGUCAAUACCCGCAGCAUCACGCGCUGUCCCACCAACAGCAGCAAAGGCCUUCAAAGUUCCGAGAACAACGGCCAAUGUACGUUCCGCCAGCACAACGGAAAUAACGCCGUUUGGCGUUACAUGAACGAUAAACAGGCGACAUACGUGGUACCAUUUGAACAUGCAAAGAGUCACCGAUCACUGUUUUAAAGCUUAUUGACAUUUUCAGUAGUGUCCCCCUAUAGUAAUUCGCUUUCCAUGUAAUUGUUUCUCCCAGCAAAAAAUGUUGUUGUGUCCAAUAUACAGUUGUAAAAUGGAAAAGAGACAAAAAAGAUAGAAAGAAUAGAUUACAAUAUUUUCGUACUGAUUUUUAUGUUUCUUUGUAAAAAAUUGUUGAAUUUUUUGGAAGUUAUUAAAAGAAAACAUAAUUUAUAUCAAUAAAUUGGAGAAACGUGUAAGUGAUUUUUGGCAUGAUGUAUUUGUUUCUACACCUAAAAUGUCCUGCUCGUGAAACCACUAUGUUUUGGAAUGCGAAGAAGGGACUAUUAUUUGUCACGAAUUUGCUGCACUCGUAAAGUGUUAAUGGAGAUAAAUGGAUGGAUCAUAGUGAACGUAAGACCAUUUACCAAUUACGUUGUAUUUAACAUAUAUGAAAAAUAAAUCUUUUGAUUGAA